AUGACUUACGUCAACAAUCGGGUUUCACUAGCGUCCCGGGAUGUCACGGCUACUCUGCUAAAAACUAGAAGGAAACAGUUGCCUGCUGCCACAGUUCAACUCCUUUCCAGCUCUCAGAUAAUCACUUCGGUGGUCAGUGUUGUAAAAGAGCUCAUUGAAAACUCACUGGAUGCGGGUGCAACAAGCAUUGAUGUUAAACUGGAGAACUAUGGAUUUGAUAAAAUUGAGGUCCGAGACAAUGGUGAAGGUGUCAAGGCUGUUGAUGCCCCUGUGAUGGCUGUGAAGUACUACACCUCAAAAAUAAAUAGUCAUGAAGACCUUGAACAUUUGACAACUUAUGGUUUUCGUGGAGAAGCCCUGGGGUCAAUUUGUUGUAUUGCAGAGGUUUCAAUUACAACAAGGACAGUUGCUGAUAAUUUUAGCACUCAGUAUGUUUUAGAUAGCAGUGGCCACAUAAUUUCUCAAAAACCUUCACAUCUUGGUCAAGGUACAACUGUAACUGCUUUAAGAUUAUUUAAGAAUCUGCCUGUAAGAAAGCAAUUUUACUCAACUGCCAAAAAAUGUAAAGAUGAAAUUAAAAAGAUCCAAGAUCUCCUCAUAAGCUAUGGUCUCCUUAAGCCUGACUUAAGGAUUGUUUUUGUGCAUAACAAGGCAGUCGUUUGGCAGAAAACACGAGUAUCUGACCACAGGAUGGCUCUCCUAUCGGUUCUGGGGACUGCGGUCAUGGGCCACAUGGAAGGCUUCCAGUACUGCUCCCAGGAGAAUCAGGUUUAUCUAAGUUGAUUUCUUCCAAAGCAUGACUCAGACCACUCUUUGACAAGUCUUUCAACUCCAGAGAGGAGCUUCAUCUUUAUAAACAAUCGACCAAUACAUCAAAAAGACAUAUUAAAGUUAAUCCGACAUUAUUACAAUCUGAAGUGUCUAAAGGAAUGUACUCGUUUGUAUCCCAUUUUCUUUCUGAAAAUUGAUGUUCCUACUGCUGAAGUGGAUGUGAAUUUAAAAAAAAAAAAAAGUGAAGUAUUGUUACAGAAUAAGGAAUCUGUUUUAAUUGCUCUUGAAAAUCUGAUGACGACUUGUUAUGGACCACUACCUAUUACAAAUGUUUGUGAAAGUAAUAAAACAGAUGUUUCCUUAGCUGACAUCAUUGUUAGUAAAACAGUAGAAACAGAUGUGCUUUUUAAUAAGAUAGAAUCAUCUGGAAAUAAUCGUCCAAAUGUUGAUACUGCAACUGUCCCUUUCCAGACUGAUGUGCCUAAUGAUGAAUCUGGUGAAGACACUAACCAUGGUGUAAAUCAGCAGACAAGUGUGGGUGACCAUUGUGAUAGUCAUUUGACUAGAGAAAUUGCUAGCAUUGAUAAGAACACUAGAAAUGCGUCUCAGGAAAUUCCAGUGAAUAAUUCAUCACGGGAAAAUGCCCAAAGUGAAUACAGUGAAACUUGUUUUGUGGGUUUCAUAAAGCAUCCAAAACCAGACAAUGGCAGUAAAAUCCCUACAAAUCAAAGUGGAAGACAUGAGGAAGAAGCAGUUCUUGAAAAGUCUUUGGAAAUUUGUGCAGAUGAAUGGAGCAAGGGAAAUGCAUUUAAAGAUUGUAGGGGAGAGAAUAUCGAACCUGUGAAAAUUUUAGUGCCUCAAGAAAGUUCAUCAUGUAAAGGAAGUGAAAAGAAUAAUCCAAGCCCUGAGCAAAAACAACUCGGUGAAGGUCCUGAUAACAAAAAAUCAAAUGUCAUAGGUAGCAAAUCUGGACAGCUCACAGCUUAUGAUCUAAUCAGUAAUCGGGCAAUCAAGAAACCCCUGUCAGCAAGUGCCCUCUUUGUUCAGGAUCACCGUGCCCAGUUUCUUGCAGAAAAUCCUAACACAAGUUUGGAGGAGGAAACGGUGCAUAUUGAAGAACUGUGGAAGACAUUGAGUGAAGAGGAAAGACUGAAAUAUGAAGAUAAAGCCACAAAAGACUUGGAACGAUACAAUAAUCAAAUGAAAAGAGCCCUUGAACAGGAAUCACAAAUACCAUUAAAAUAUGGCAGAAAAAAAAUGAAACCUACCAGUGCAUGGCAUUUGGCACAGAAGCACAAGUUGAAAGCAUCAUUAUCUAAUCAACCAAAACUUGAUGAACUCUUUCAGCAUCAGGUUGAAAAAAAAAGGAGUGAGAGUAUUAAAACAGUACCUAUCCCUUUCUCUAUGAAAAACUUAAAAAUAAAUUUUGAGAAACAAAAUAAAUUGGACUUUGAAGACAAAGAUGAACUUUGCUUGCUCCACAAUCUCAACUUUCCUGAUGCCUGGCUAAUGACAUCUAAAACAGAGGUGAUGUUACUGAAUCCAUAUAGAGUAGAGGAAGCCCUGCUGUUUGAAAGACUUCUUGAGAAUCAUAAACUUCCUGCAGAGCCACUGGAAAAGCCUAUUAUUUUAACAGAGAGUCUUUUUAAUGGAUCUCAUUAUUUAGAGGUUUUAUGUAAAAUGACAGCAGAUGACCAGAGAUAAACUGAUAUAACUGAUAUAAAGCUGAUACCAGGAGAUUCCAUUGCUAAAAACCACUUGGAAAUAGAAGGAAUGGCUAAUUGUCUCCCUUUCUAUGGAGUAAUGGAUUUGAAAGAAAUUCUUAAUGUCAUAUUAUACAAAAAUGCAAAGGAAAUAUGUAAAUGUAGACCUCGCAAAGUAAUAAGUUAUUUAGAGGGAGAAGCAGUGCGCCUAUCCAGACAGUUACCCAUGUACUUACCGAAAGAGGACAUCCAAGAUAUUAUCUACAAAAUGAAGCAUCAUGAAAUUAAAGGAUGUGUUCAUGGCCGCCCAUUUACUCAUCAUUUAACCCAUCUCCCAGAAACAACAUGA